CAAAGAGAGAGAGAGAGAGAGAGAGAGAGAGAGAGGAAACUUAGUAGCUAAGAGAUGGUCUCCUCUAAGAAACAGGGAGGAAGAAGAGGGAAAGAACACUAAACCCCAACUACCCCCACACAAUUCAAUGCAACAUAUAUAUAUAUAUAUAUAUAUAUAUAUAUAUGUACACAAUCUCCUUUAAGAUUUUAUUUUAAUCUCUCUCUCUCUCUCUCUCUCUCUCUCUCUUAAUCCCCAUUUCCCCUGAGCAUAGAGAGGGAGAGAGGAACCAUGGAGGUGCUCAAUGCUCUCCCAUUUGCUUCUUCUUCUCCUUCCUCCAAUUCCUUGUCUCCUUUGCUCCGAGGUGGAUCGGGGAGGGCGAGGAGCGCUUCCACUGCGGAGAGGAUCAUCCGUGGCUUGCUCACCUGCGUCUUCGCCAUAGUGGGGGUAGUACUUGGAGCUGUCACCGGCGGAUUGAUCGGAGUAGCAACCGAGAGCGGUGUGUUCCGAGGGACCGGAAUAGGAGCCAUCUCGGGAGCUGUUGUAUCCAUGGAUGUUGUGGACUCCUCCCUUGCACUGUGGCGCUCUAAUGAAUCAGGGAUUUGGAUUGCUCUCUAUGUGUUGGAUGUAAUAUGUAGUCUUUUGAGUGGGCGUCUUGUUCGCGAGAAGGUCGACCCAGCUGUGCAAAGUGCAGUGAGGAGCCAGAUGAAUGCUGUAGAUUCACCCUUCAUAGAGGCUCUGGAUAUUUUUGAAACUGAGGGGACGAGAGGAAUGCCACGGGCUUCUAUAGAUAAGCUUCCUGAGAUCAAAAUUACCAAUGGCGGCAAUGUAGAUGCCACAGGGGAGAGGAUUGGUUGCUCUGUCUGUCUUCAGGAUUUCCAAGUUGGAGAAAGCGUGAGGAGAUUACCGACGUGUCAUCACAUGUUCCACCUUAUUUGCAUCGAUGGAUGGCUUAUCCGGCACGGUUCUUGUCCAUUAUGCAGGAGAGAUAUAUAGACUGCUGCUGUAGAUAUUAGAGGCUAACAUCUAAUCCAUUUUGCUCUAUGAUGUUUUUUCUCUUUUUGUUUUGUUUUUGUUUUUUUUGUUUUGUUUUUUUUCUGUUUAGCACAUUACUAUGUAAAACUGAAUGAGAGCUAAUAGUAUGAACCUCCAGUAUUUCAUGAAAUUCUAAAGAUCAGUUUUGAA